GAUUUAAGAAACAAACUUCGAGUGUGAACUGAAAAUAAUUAGAAAAAAAAAAAUAUUUAUUUUAAUUAAUUAAGAAUUCUUUAGAAUUAUUUAAUUAAAUUAAUUUGAAAGAAUUAAUCAACAACAAUCACCGAUUGCUGCCAUAAUUGGAUUAAGUUUUACUAAGACCGCUGCUCUACUGCUACUGCGACUACUGCGACUACGACUGCUAUUUGUUUUUUGUGACUUUGCAUUCUAUACAAAAAAGUAUCAUCAUUGCCAUUCGGACAAGUUGUUCAACAACAACAACAAUGAUAUUAAGAAUAUUACUGCUGUCGACGGCCAUAUUAGCGCCAUGUUUAAUAAAUGCACAUUUUCAUCAUUUCGGAGAGGCCAUAAACACAUCGCCAUUGGGCUCAGAAUGUGCGCUACUGCUCUCCGGGCCAGGACGAUCCUCAGUCUAUGAUUACAAUGUCAAUUUGUUUCGCGGCACUUUACAUCCUUUUACUACAGACUCUACUUGCAUUACUUAUGACGCUGUUAAUGCGGCCUAUUUGGAUGCGCGUAAAAGAAUACAUAUUUCGCAGCCAAAGGGUGAUUGGAAGACAGAAGAUAUAGCUACCGUAGGCGAGCUGUUAUUGGAUAUUUCUAUACAAUUGGCGAGAACUUAUGGUCUGUCUUAUGAGGAAAUCGAGAAAGGUUUGCCGACCAUUGACACAUCGAAAACUUUAAUUAGAGAAGUGUGUCCGCCUUUCUUUUCGGGCGUGGAAUGUCGUCCAGGUAAAUACAGGCGGUUCGAUGGCUUAUGCAAUAACAUAGAACAUCCGACUUGGGGAGCGGCUAUGGCCCCAUUUCAACGUUUGAUUGGACCCCUUUAUGCUGAUGGCAUCAAUGCGCCUCGCAUCUCUAUUACAGGACGCGAAUUACCAUUUUCCCGAGUUGUAUCGCGUACUAUGCAUCCCGAUGACGGGUAUCAUGAUCAUGCUGGAACCGUGAUGGUGAUUGCUUGGGGUCAAUUUAUGGAUCACGAUUUCACAUUAACUGGUACACCAUUAGAUCCCAUUAAUCGUAACGAUCCUGAGGAAUGCUGUAAACGUCCUUUACAUCUAAAACAUCCGUAUUGCGAUGAGAUACGUGUACCCGACGAUGAUUAUUUCUAUCGUUUAUUUAAUAUAAAGUGUAUUGAUUUUGUACGUGGCUUUCCAUCACCGCGACCCGGUUGUAGAUUGGGUUCUCGCCAACAGUUUAAUACCUUAACCGGUGUAAUUGAUGCCAACACAGUUUAUGGUGUUAGUGAAAAGUUCGCCCGCAAGCUGCGUACUGGUUACGGCGGCUUGCUACGUAUGAAUCCAGUGUUCCAAGAGUAUGGCUUAAAAGAUCUAUUGCCUUUGAAAUUAGACAUACCAGAGGAGGGCUGUACUCGCCCUAAUAAAAGCAUGUUCUGUUUCGAGGCGGGAGAGAUUCGAGUGAAUGAACAAUUGGUGCUUACUUGCAUGCAUACGCUAAUGGCUCGUGAACAUAAUCGUGUGGCCCAUAUAUUAUCGCAAAUCAAUAAACAUUGGGACGAUGAGACUCUAUUCCAAGAAGCCCGACGAAUUAAUAUCGCCAUCGUGCAGCAUAUAACAUUCAAUGAAUUUUUGCCCAUUCUCUUGGGUAAAGAAGUAAUGGAGAAAUUCGGCUUGGUUUUACAAAAGGAUGGCUAUUGGGACGGUUAUGAUCACAAAGUCAACCCAGGAAUAAUCGAUUCAUUUGCUGGAGCCGCGUUUCGUUUCGGUCAUUCGUUAUUGCCUACAGCGGUGGAACGUUGGUCAAAGGCCCAUAAGUUUAUAGCUUCAAAGCGUUUAUCGGACUUAAUUAGACGACCUUAUGACUUGUACAGAGCCGGGGUGUUCGAUGAAUAUUUCAUGGGUUUAAUGAAUCAAGUAGCCCAAGCUAUGGACGAUUCAAUUACGCAAGAAGUAACCAAUCAUUUGUUUAAAAAAGAAGGUGCUCGAUUCGGUAUGGAUUUGGUUUCAUUUAACAUGCAACGAGGUAGAGAGUUCGGUAUACCUGGCUAUAUGGAAUUUCGUAAAUUCUGCGGUCUACCUACAGCCAAUGUCUGGGAUGAGAUGUUUGGUUCGAUGCCUAACGACACCAUACUUAGAUAUCAAAGUAUAUUUGAGCAUCCGGCAGAUAUAGACUUAUGGUCAGGUGGUGUUUCAGAAAAAUCUUUACCUGGUUCUAUGUUGGGUCCUACUUUUGCUUGUGUCAUUGCUACCCAAAUGAGUUACUUACGACGCGGGGAUCGAUUUUGGUAUGAGCUACCCAAUCAACCAUCUUCAUUUACACCGGAUCAAUUGCAUGAAAUACGGAAAGCGAAAUUGUCUCGACUGAUCUGCGAUAAUACCGAUCUAAUAGACACAGUGCAAAUUUAUCCCAUGGUUUUACCGGAUCAUGAAAUAAACCCACGUGUACCAUGUAAGAGCGGCAUUAUCCCAUCAAUAGAUUUAACGAAAUGGGCCGAUUAUGCUAGUCAUGAUAUAGCCUCACCUGUAUAUAACUUUAUUAACGAAAUUCCCGAUACGUUGUUAAAUUACCGUAAAAAAUAACGACAUUUUAGAUAAUCAGGUGUUUAGCGUACUGUCUCUUAAUACUCAAGGAGCACAUAUUCGUUUCAUCACAAUUCCAAGUUUUAUCCGUUCUUCUUAUCUUCGUCAUCGUAAGCAAAAUCGUUAUUUAUAUUUAAAAACAAAAAAAAAAGAAAGAAAAAGAUUAAACAAGAAAUGAAAAUAUUUCCCUUCCUUUUACUCUCACUUCUACUCUAAGUCACUGUUCUUGAUUUUUUUUAUUUUUAUUUUUUCUAUUUAAUUGAUUUCUUUUUUAUAUUUUUAAUUUACUUGCUUUUUUGCUGUUUAUUUAAUUCUAUUUACUAUAGACUGAAUAACUUUUAUUCGGUUCAUUGUUAAACGAAAUUAUUUUUUAUUUUAUUUUAAUUUGUUUGUU